AUGUGCAACUCCUGUUGUGGAUCCUGCUGUUCCGGGCAGGGCUGUGGCUGCUGCCAGCCCAGGUGCUGCCAGACCACCUGCUGCAGGACCACCUGCUGCCGCCCCAGCUGCUGCUGCAGCUCCUGCUGUGGUGGUGGCUGUGGCUCCUGCUGCUGUCGGCCCAUCUGCUGUAGGACCACCUGCUGCAGGACCACCUGCUGCCACCCCAGCUGCUGCUGCAGCUCCUGCUGUGGUGGGUGCGGUGGCUGUGGUGGUUCCAGUGGCUGUGGUGGGUGCGGUGGCUGUGGUGGCUCCAGUGGCUGUGGCUCCUGCUGCUGUCGCCCCACCUGCUGCCAGACCACCUGCUGCAGGACCACCUGCUGCCGCCCCAGCUGCUGCUGUAGUCCCUGCUGUGGGGGGUUGCGGUGGCUGUGGUGGCUCCAGUGGCUUGGUGGUGGGUGCGGUGGCUGUGGUGGUUCCAGUGGCUGUGGCUCCUGCUGCUGUCGCCCCACCUGCUGCCAGACCACUGCUGCAGGACCACCUGCUGCCGCCCCCAGCUGCUGUUGGCUCCUGCUGAUGACACCCAACCUGGCUACAGUUGAGUGCUGCCAGCCCCCUUGCUGGCACCCACCCCAGGUGCUACAUGCCCAGCUCCUCUCAGCCCUCCUGCUGCAUAACCAAAGGCUGCUAGAAUACCUGCUGCACAACCUGGUGCUGCCCCUCACCUCCUGUGUUUCCUGCUACUCCAUUCAUGUGUUUACAAGCCACCUGCUGCUCCUCAGUCUGCUCUAG